CAGGAGGGCCGCAAUUGGCCCGCGGGCCGCGAGUUUGAGACCCCUGUUGUAAUCGCUUUUUGUCUGACCUCAUGAUUGUAAUGUUCCUUAAUUGUCAAUAAAGAAAAAAAAAGAAAAAAAAGGAAGCAGGGACGGCCGGGUCUGCUGCGCAUGCGCAAGGAGGUGGGGCAUGGCGCGAACCCAUGCGGAUAUACCGCUAUGUAAAAUGGCGGCGUGAGAGAGACUCUUUUAAAAACAGAGAAUCUUUUUACCUGAGAAGGUGUUCAGCUCACAUCCACACCACAGCCUGCACCGCCCGGGACUCAGUCACAGCCACAGGUCGGAACUAACGUCCCCGAACAGAGCCGGUGGGAUGGCGAAGAGGAUCGCUGAUAAAGAGUUAACGGACAGGAACUGGGAUCAGGAGGAGGAGGGCGAGGAGGCCGGAACGUUUUUAGUCGCCAGUGAAGACGUGUUGAAGAGCCGAGCCAUCAAGAAGGCCAAACGCAGGAAUGUGGGAGAGACGGAGGGCAGUGGAACCUUCAAAGGCUUUAAGGGUUUCUCUCUGACGGCGCCGGCGGCGGGCGGAGGCUCCACGGCGUUCUCCGGCUUCGGGAACGGCGGAGGCUUCAAGGGCCUGAGCGGUCUGACCAACGGGAGCAGCGGCGCUCCUUCCUUCGGAGGAUUCUCGGCUCCUGCUGCCUCCACCGCUGCACCUGGUCUGACGUUCAACAGCCCCGCCCCCUCCAGCACCAAACAGACCAACGGCUCGGUGGCGGCGGCGGCGUCCAGCCCGGCGCCGCACUCCGGCUCCUCCGGCAGCAGUAAGGAGUACAGCCGGCAGCUCACGGCGCUCAACUGCUCCGUCAGAGACUGGAUCACCAAACACGUCAACGACAACCCGCUGUGUGACCUCAACCCCAUCUUCAGGGACUACGAGCGCCACCUGGCCAGCAUCGAGCGCCAGUACGGCGCCGGAGCUGCUGCCGCCGCCGACGACGACAAGAAGCUGACAGCCUCAGCUACAGCUACCCCUCCUCCUCCUCCUGCUGCUGCUGCCUCCUCCUCCUCCUCGGCUCCUCCAGCCUCCACUCUCUUCUCCUUCUCCAAGAACACGACAGAGAACUCUGCGGUGGCGGCGGCGGCUCCGCUGGGCGGCGGCGUGACGUUUAACUUCGGUCAGAAGGUGGACAGCUCGGUGCUCGGCUCCCUGGCGGCUCCUCCCAGCUUCUCCUUCUCCUCCAGCCAGACCUCCUCCCUGUUCGGAGCUCCUGGAGCCGCUGCAGCCGUCUCCUUCAGCGGGAAGAAGCCGGAGGACGCCCGGCCCGCAGACGAGAACGGGGAGGAGGAGUCGGAGGAGCCGCCCAAACCGGAGGUGAAGGAGGUGAAGGAGGACGACGCCUUCUACUCCAAGAAGUGUAAACUGUUCUACAAGAAGGACUCAGAGUUCAAAGAGAAAGGCGUCGGGACGCUUCACCUCAAACACAUCGAGGACGGAAAGACUCAGAUGAUCAUCCGCGCCGACACCAACCUGGGGAACAUCCUGCUGAACAUCCUGCUGCAGGCGUCCAUGCCGUGCUCCCGCCUCGGGAAGAACAACGUGAUGGUGGUGUGCGUCCCCAACCCGCCCGUCCAGGACCAGAACCCGGAGGGUCCGGUCCCGCUGCUGAUCCGCGUCAAGACGGCCGAGGACGCCGACGAGCUGCACAAGACGCUGGAGGAGAAGAAAGGCUGAGAGCCCGCUGGCCCCGCCCCCUCCCCCCCGAGCUUUUAGACUCCACCCCCUCACACACACACCUGCCCCGUCGCCCCGGUAACCACCUCACACACACACACACACACGGUUGGUGGUCGUACUGUGAAACCAGAGCAGCGUCUACAUUCCUCCGUCUCUGUUUGUUUCUCUCUCCGGACGGUUCGGAGCGUCGAGUUCCUCCAACGAUUUGGUUUUACAAAUUAACCCUCGCAGCACCACUUCACC